UACGUAUCUUUCGAACGACAGCCGAGGAUGGCAACAGAUUGAGUUCCACGCCCACUCCUCCGAUCUGAAAGCGUCGAUAGAAGGACUGCGCAUGCGCGAAUACAAUGGCGGACUGGUACUUGAAGCAUCCAGUGGCGAAGCGUAUUAGAGAGUAUGGGUUUGAGGACAGCGUGCAGGAGGACGCCACAAUGCUUGUGUAUCUUGAUUUGUGCGAAGCAAAAGGUUGGCAUCACGUCGACGUACAUCCCUGUGACCAUCUUAGACUCUCUUUCCUAACAGCAAAGGAGUUUCCAAGAUCAAGUUUGAACGUUGUGGUUCCUAUUAGUCUCGAAUAUCAACUAUCGAUGGAAAAACUGGACAAGUUGUUGAAUGGUAUUAAGGUUCCGUCUCACUUGGCAGUUGACGAAGAGCAAGACACAAGCAAGUCAAAUGGAGCUGAUAAUCUCAAUUGCAUUGUUAUUGCCAUUGUGGAGUCAGGAUCCACUAUCGUGUAUUACUAUAUGCACCGUGGGCUGCACCCACCGACCGAAGGCUCGCUGUCCAAGAAGUUAAUUCAUCCAUUCAGAAAAGAUGAGAGAAAGACAAAGAAAAGGCGAAGGCAGAAAGAUGAAUCAACGAAAAACCAAGAAGGCAGAGAGAAGAGACAGACAGCGAGUGAUGGUGAGCAGCAGUCGGCUGAAGUUGUAAAGAAUGAUUAGAUAAUCUAUAACCAAGUUGUAACCAAAGUGUUUUGACAAGAUGUAAAACUGUAUCAAAUGUGCUAAUAAGGAAAUAACUAUUAAAGCAAUCUUGUAAACAACGAACAAGUGUGUGGCAUUAUGUGAAUUCCUGGCUUGCUGUAUGAAUGGGAAGGGUGUGAAGAGAUGAGAAAGAGAAGAGG